AAUCAUAGAUAGCGAAUGGUCACCGAGUUUGAAUAUAGAGCAGGUACGAAUAUAUAAAGGGUGGUCGAGUGAUUAAAAUAACAAGAGUUAGUUCAGUAGCGAAGUUAACUGCUUCUGUUUGCAAAACUUUAACUUUAACUUGAACAUGUUCCGAAAGCUACUCCUAGCUGUUGCCAUCACAGCAGUGUGUGGGACUCCCUAUAUUUACAAACCAGCAAUUUAUAGCCGUCCAGCCUCAGUUUACGUGCAGCCAGCAGUUGUUCCUAUAUCAUAUUCAGCACCAGUCGUUGUUAAAGAAGCUCCAAAACCGUACAGUUUCGGCUAUGAAGCACCCGCCAUCGGAGGUAGCAGUUCAAGGCAAGAGUCUUCUGACGGCAACGGACGUGUGACCGGAUCUUAUACCGUGACCGAUGCCGACGGUCGCGUCCGUGUGGUGGACUACUAUGCCGAUGAAACCGGAUUCCAUGCAAACGUGAAAACGAAUGAACCGGGAACUGCCAACCAAGAUCCGGCUGAUGUAUCCGUUCAGUCCUACGCUGCACCGGAACCGAUACCGGUGGCAGUUGCACCCAAAGUCGUAGCUCCUGUAUAUUCGGUUCCAGUCGCAAGAAGAGUGGUUUCUCCAGCUUCCUUAACAUACAGUGCUGUUCCUACCUAUUACAGACCAAUCACUUAUUCUCAAGACUUGUACAGUGGAUACCACAGCCCAUAUUACACUUCCUAUCCAGUUAGAUAUUAUUAAAAUGGAAUCAGCAUUUCGACAUAUUUUUUGUUGUAACACCAUCAGGGAUGAUGAUUUAGAAAUUCACCUAUUAUAACUGUAUCGUAAUUAGAAUCAAUAAACGUUUA